GUUACUCCUCUUGACUUGUGCGGGGAAGUUCCUACAACAUCGGAGCGAACCCUCAGCCAUGGCCAAAAUUUCCUUGUUAACAUUCGUCUGCUGUUUUUCAUUUGCACUGUGUUAUCCUCCCGUCUACUAUCAGCCAGAACAGGUCCACAUUGCAUAUGGUGAGGAUGAGACUCAGAUGUAUGUGGUUUGGUCGACUCAGAAUGACACAGUCUCGUCUGUAGUGCUGUACUCCUUAGCAGGAUCUUCACAGCAGCUAGUAGCCGAAGGAGGAAGUAAGAAGUUUAUGGAUUAUGGGCCACUUAAGCGUGUCCAGUAUGUUCACAGAGUCAAACUCACAGGCCUUCAAAGUGGGCAAAAAGUACACAUACAACUGUGGUAGUGAUAAAGGAUGGAGCCCAGAGUUCUCGUUUACCGCGAUGCAAAAGGGCAACAACUGGUCACCCCGCCUAGCCAUUUAUGGGGACCUUGGAAAUAUUAAUGGUCAAUCUAUCCCACGGUUACAGCUUGAGACAGAGAAGGGAAUGUAUGAUGCAAUACUUCAUGUUGGUGACUUUGCUUAUGACAUGGAUACUGAUGAUGCCAAAGUUGGUGAUGAAUUCAUGAAACAAAUAGAACCUAUUGCUGCUAAUGUGCCAUACCUGACUUGUCCUGGCAACCAUGAAGUUAACUACAAUUUUUCUAACUAUAAACAUCGCUUUGCUAUGCCUGGAGACCCUUACAUGGACAGGAUGUUUUUCAGUUUCAACAUUGGUCCAGCCCAUAUAAUUUCGUUCAGCACAGAGUAUUAUUUCUUUGUGCAAUUUGGAAUUGCUCAGGCAGCAGAGCAGUACAGAUGGCUUGAGCAAGAUCUUAUGGAGGCAACAAAGCCAGAAAACCGUGCACAGAGACCGUGGAUUAUCACAAUGGGCCAUCGCCCCAUGUACUGUUCAAAUGCUGACAAUGAUGACUGCACAAAGACUGGCAGCAUGGUGAGAACUGGUUGGCCUAUCCCACUCUUUGCCACUAGAAAAAUUUUCUACGACUAUGGUGUAGAUGUGAUGCUUUGGGCUCACGAGCAUUCAUAUGAACGCAUGUGGCCUGUCUAUGAUGAAAAGGUAUAUAAUGGCAGUCUAAAAGAACCCUACACAAACCCCAAGGCACCAGUUCAUGUUGUAACAGGUUCAGCAGGGUGUCAGGAAAACCAUGACAAGUUCAUAACCAAUUUUGCUGCUUGGUCAGCAUUUCACAGUGACGAUUAUGGCUACACACGCAUGACUAUUCACAACGACACGCACCUGUACAUGGAACAGGUUUCUGAUGACCAGGGAGGAAAAAUUAUUGACUCCUUCAUGAUAAAGAAGGACCUUCAUGGGUCAUACCCACUGUCCAACAAAUUUUUUUAAAUGACAGUUCAAGGGAAGAAAUGCAAAUGCGCUCUUAUGCAAGUACUCAUCAGUUAACUUAGACUACGAAGGACGCAAAAAUGUACCUAGAUAACACUUUACUAAUUUGUUUGGUGUUUUUUUUUUUUCGUAAAUGAAUAGGCUCAAAGAUGUGUAAAGCACAAAUAAGCGACACACAUCUGUAUCCAAGUACAUGUGGAUAUGCAUGUGCUCUUGCUUGUAUCUCAUACACAACACAGAUUUACUUCCUUCCCUGUAUUUGAAACCUUAAGUUACUUUUAAAUAAUUGAUACAUAAGCAUUUUUACUUUUAAUCUAUCAAAGAAUUUUAUUCCCAUGAUUAAAGAGCCUGCUUGAUAUAAUUUAUUAAUUUAAAAAUUCUUACGCUGUUCAUGUGUGAUUCUUGGUUUUGGAUUCUCUUUAUCGUAUAAUUCUUUGUGUUACUAAUUUUAUUUUGGGGGGAUGACAAAUCGUCGGUGUAAGGAAUGACAAGAUCUUAUUGAUGUUUUUGAACGUCUUACUUUUGGUGGUAUUUUCAAGUUCAUUCAGUUAGGCUGAAGGAUAAUAUUUUUGCCAUAUGUCACUUCUCUUAACAUUCCACAUUGUUUUAUGGUUGAAACAGCAUUGUCAAUGUUCACAUGCAAAACCCAAUGGGUAUGUGGUUACUAUUCUUCGUAUGUACAGGCCCUUACCCAAGUAUGUUGGGAUUUAUUUUAUCAAUUUUAUAGCUGUUGUGAUGAUGACUAAAACACUGUAUAAUACACACUAAUCCGGUUACCAUGUCUUUCAAUUGUACUGCAUGAAUUGACUGUCAAAAAACUUGAUGCCUGAUGAAUUAUUAUAUUUUUGUAGAAGUCAUUGGGCUUAGUUAUUCUUCUAUACAACUUUGUGAUCCCACCGAAUUCAUUGCAUUCAAAACUAUACCUUUAAAAUCUAAGACAUUAGAUUCUGGUAGAGAUAAAUAAAAUGUGUAAGAGCUUGGAUUUUACUCUUCCUUUCGAUUAUGGCAUUUUUAAAUCAAUAUGGACUAGGCUUGUUCUAUAAAUAUUGCCAUAUUACAUUUACUGCUGCAGGAAAUUGUUUUCCUAAUGGGUCCCAGAUCAUUUUUAAGAGUUCACAGCUCUGUGUUGUGUCUCAUUUUUGAAUUCUAUUUAUUUUAUAUGCAUGAGAAGCAUGAGGAGAAUUAAAAUUCUUUUCAACAGCCUUCUCAAAAACUUGUGUACGGUCUGUUCUUGCCAACAUUAUGAAAGAAAACUAGUCCCACUUUUGCAUUGUGGCAUACACUGUUUCGAUGUUUAGUUUUCAUUUGUACAUUUAUCAUCAUGAAUCGAGGAAUAGCUGUACAAAUCUCAUAGCAUGAAAUACUGGUUUUAUGUUUCCUUUACCUGACAUUAAAAAAGCUCUUGACACAAG